GAUUUCCGCUGAGCCCCGCUGCUUCUCCAGUGCCACAGGUGGCGGAGGCCGAGGCGGUGCCCGGCCAUCUGAUCGUUCGCCAGGCGGGGCCGGAGCGCCCGGGGGCCGGCCGCGAGGAUGAAGACCGUGCUCAUGGUGGCCGAGAAGCCGUCCCUGGCUCAGUCCAUAGCCAAGAUCCUGUCCAGGGGCAGCGCCACGUCCCGCAAGGGGCUGAACGGGGCCUGCUCCGUCCACGAGUACCACGGCUCCUUCGCCGGGCAGUCCGUCCGCUUCAAGAUGACCUCGGUCUGCGGCCACGUCAUGGCCCUGGAUUUCAUCGGCAAGUACAACAGCUGGGACAAGGUGGACCCCGCCGAGCUGUUCAGCAAGGCCCAGACGGAGAAGAAGGAAGCCAAUCCCAAACUGAACAUGGUCAAGUUCCUGCAGGCGGAGGGCCGCGGCUGCGACUACGUCGUCCUGUGGCUCGACUGCGACAAGGAAGGGGAGAACAUCUGCUUUGAGGUGCUGGACGCCGUCCUGCCCGUCAUGACCAAGGCGCGGGGCCCCGAGCGCACCGUGUUCCGGGCCAAAUUCAGCGCCAUCACGGACACGGACAUCUGCGGGGCCAUGGCCCGGCUCGGGGAGCCCAACCAGAACGAGGCCCUGUCUGUGGACGCCCGCCAGGAGCUGGACCUGCGCAUCGGCUGUGCCUUCACCAGGUUCCAGACCAAGUACUUCCAGGGGAAAUACGGAGACCUGGACAGCUCCCUCAUCUCCUUCGGGCCCUGCCAGACCCCCACACUGGGCUUCUGUGUCGAGCGCCACGACAGAAUCCAGUCCUUCAAGCCCGAGACGUACUGGGUGCUUCAGGCCAAGGUGACCACCAAGGACGAUCACGUCCUCACGCUGGACUGGGACCGCGUGCGGGUAUUCGACCGCGAGAUCGCCCAGAUGUUCCUGAACAUCACCAAGCUGGAGACCAAAGCCCAGGUGGAGUCGGUCAGCAGGAAGGAAAAGGCCAAGCAGAGGCCCCUGGCCCUCAACACGGUGGAGAUGCUCAGAGUGGCCAGUGCCUCCCUGGGGCUGGGGCCUCAGCACACCAUGCAGAUCGCCGAGCGGCUCUACACGCAGGGCUACAUCAGCUAUCCUCGCACCGAGACCACCCACUACCCCGACAACUUCGACCUCAAAGGAGCCCUGCGCCUGCAGGCCAACCACCCUUACUGGGCCGACACGGUGAAGGCGCUCCUGGCGGAAGGCAUCAAUCGCCCCCGGAAAGGUCACGACGCCGGGGACCACCCCCCCAUCACGCCCAUGCGGGCGGCCACGGAGGCGGAGUUGGGCGGGGACGCGUGGCGCCUGUACGAGUACAUCGCCCGGCACUUCAUCGCCACCCUCGCCCCCGACUGCCGCUUCCUGCAGACCACCAUCUCCUUCAGCCUCGGCCCCGAGCGCUUCACCUGCACCGGCAAGACCGUGCUGUCCGCAGGGUACACGGAGAUCAUGCCCUGGCAGAGCGUGCCCCCCGAGGACAGCCUGCCGCCCUGCGAGCGCGGGGACGUGGCCACGGUGGGCGAGGUCAAACUGCUGGAGAAGCAGACCGGCCCCCCCGACUACCUGACGGAGGCCGAGCUCAUCACCCUCAUGGAGAAGCACGGCAUCGGGACGGACGCCAGCAUCCCCGUUCACAUCAACAACAUCUGCCAGCGGAACUAUGUGAUGGUGGAGAGCGGCCGCAGGCUCAAACCCACCAAUCUCGGCAUCGUCCUCGUGCACGGUUACUACAAGAUCGACGCGGAGCUGGUGCUGCCGACCAUCCGCAGCGCCGUGGAGAAGCAGCUCGGCCUCAUCGCCCGGGGCCAGGCCGACUUCCGCCAGGUGCUGGACCACGCGCUGGACAUCUUCAAGCGCAAGUUCCACUACUUCGUUGACUCCAUCGCGGGGAUGGACGAGCUGAUGGAAGUGUCCUUCUCCCCGCUGGCGGCCACCGGCAAGCCGCUGUCCCGCUGUGGGAAAUGUCGCCGCUUCAUGAAGUACAUUCAGGCCCGGCCGAGCCGCCUGCACUGCUCCCACUGCGACGACACCUACUCGCUGCCGCCCAACGGCCCCGUCAAGCUGUACAAGGAGCUGCGCUGCCCGCUGGACGAGUUCGAGCUGGUGCUCUGGACCUCGGGCUCCCGCGGCAAGAGUUACCCCCUGUGCCCCUACUGCUACAACCACCCGCCCUUCCGGGACAUGAAGAAAGGCGGGGGCUGCAACGAGUGCACGCACCCGACGUGCCAGCACUCCCUGGGCAUGCUGGGCAUCGGCCAGUGCGUGGAGUGCGAGAGCGGCGUGCUGGUCCUGGAGCCCACGUCGGGCCCCAAGUGGAAGAUGGCCUGCAACCGCUGCAGCGUGGUGGUGCACUUCUUCGAGAACGCCCACCGCGUGCGGGUGGCCCCCGAGGCCUGCGAGGCCUGCGAGGCCGCCCUGGUGCUCGUCGACUUCAACAAGGCCCGCUCGCCGCUGCCGGCCGGCCGGACGCAGCACUGCGGCUGCGUGUUCUGCGACCCCGUCUUCCAGGACCUGGUGGAGCUGCGGCACGCCGCCGCCCGCCACCCGGCCCACCGCGGGGCCGGCAGGCGCCAGGGCCAGGGCCGGGGCCGGGGCCGCCGGCCCGGACCCCGGCCCAACCCCCGCAGGCCCAAGGAUAAGAUGGCCGCCCUGGCCGCCUACUUCGUAUAGCCCUCCCCGGGAGGACGGGCCUCGCCUGCCAUUAAACGACAGCGCUGACGCGCUGUAAGGAUAACUGCGGUGCCGCUUGUUAAACGCUCGCCGCGGGGAGGGCGGCGCGGCGCGGCGCAAAGAGCCCGGGCUUGGGACUUCUGAUCCCGGCUCUGCCGCCUUGU